UUUUUUCCGAAAAUGAAGGUUUUUCGAACCUUUCUACAGGUAAUUCGAAUCCUUCAGGUUGGGAAAGUAGAAUAAAUAUAAGUUCAGGCAAGCUAAGGUUAGUUUAUUUCAUUGUAUCAGUAUUUCACCUGAUGAAGGAAGCUACUGUGUUAGCGAAACAUGUUGUGAUAUUAAGAAUUUCGUGGAAAUCUCAUGGUUUGUCAAGUUUUUACAUUUGCUAUGGAUUUCUGUCAAGUAAUGGCAAAACCUCAAUUAUCAUAAAAUUAUGCCAUAAUUACAUAGAGUAAUUAUGGUGUUGAAUCUGUCAUAUUUUUUGGGAAUAUAGGUACAAUAUUAGUAACAUUUUUUCAGUUAUCAGGACUGGGAAUUAUCGUAGCUGGAGCUGUCGUUUUAGCAGAUAUUUCAGAAUUCAGCAGUUUCGUAACGAGUGACCUGCUAGGGCCUCCGAUAGUUCUUAUUGUAGCAGGAGUCAUUGUCUUCGUUAUAGCCUUCUUGGGAUGUUUUGGGGCCAUAAAGGAAUCAUACAAUAUGCUGAUGGCUUUUGCUGGCCUGCUUAUCAUCAUAUUCAUAAUCGAAUUAGCUGUGGGGAUUGCAGCAGCAGUAUAUAAAUCAGAUUUUCAGGAAGCACUGAAGGAGAGUUUGAAAAAGUCGAUGGAAAAUUAUUCAGAUCCUAACAACCCAGAAAGAAUAUCUUGGGAUAACGUACAGAGAAAGUUGAUGUGUUGUGGGGUAGACGGUCCUGGAGAUUGGCAAGGUCAAUCAACCCCAAAUUCAUGUUGUACCAGUGAAAAACUUGACCAAGAAACUGAAGCUUAUUGUCUCGAUAAUGCAUUUGGGACAUACAUGUUCAAAACCGGUUGCUUUGAACAUCUGAAAGGGAAAUUUGAAUCCAAUUCCACGAUACUGAUAGGUGUUGGCAUCGGGAUAGCGUUUGUAGAGGUGAUUGGAAUCGUGUUGGCAUGUUGGCUGGCUUAUACAAUAAAGAAUGAAGAUAGUGGAAAAUGAGACGCAGUUAUUGGUGAUGUGAAAUCACAGAAAAGUGUGUAUGUUUACUAAUAUAAUAGAAGACAGGAAGGCACUAAAUGAACUAUGGAGCAAUAUAUACCUAUGGAAUAGCUUUUAUUAUGGU